AUCGCAGUAAUUUCCGCAUUAAAAUACUGUCAAGUGCUCAGAGUUUCUUAUUUGCAUUCUGUCCAUUUGCUUGUGGUAGGGGUCUUAAUGGUGAAAGAAAGGUAAGGGUUAGGGUUCUGUGUGUAAAACACAAAACCCUUCUUAAAAUCGUCUUAGUGCCACAGCUUUCACUAAUAGUUGGCAGGAAUAAUUAUAUGGCCAUGACCUAAGCGAGCUUGUUUACGGAUAUUGUUUAAAAUACCCAGAGGAUAAGUACGGGGGGGUUAAUACACAAAGGUUAAAGGCCAAAGGGUAAGGGAAGGUAUCGGGGUGAAGACAGCUACUCAUUCUGACAUGAGAUGAGAACCCUUAUCAAAAGGCUUUUAAAGUUAAUUCAAAGUUUUCUUGGACCUUUUUCGUCGCCUUCUUUAGAAUUGUUUUUCCACUGGUGGUGGUUUUAGAUGUAGUUGCUACACCCAAGGGCUAACUUAAUCUGUGACAUCACCGCUGUCUGUGACACAUUGAGGAUUUGUGGAGUGUAAGAUUAGAGCUCUACGUCGGCAUAAAUCUCUGCUUCCCUAUUCGGCCGUGUGGUGGCGGCUAGGGCAGUUGCUAGGUGUAGGCUGUGGUCUGUGGACACGCCGGAUAAAACCAAUUGUGCGUUUACGGUUAUUGGUUUGAUGCUCUUUCUUAGACCUAAUUUUUAAUUCUUUUUUUUUUUUAGAACCAUUUUGCCUAAAGAUGGUCUAGUGCUGAAACGUUGCCUACUAUUAAACUUUAUAUAUCUUUUGAAAGUUAGACAGUGUGUGGGACUUUCUUUGCAACUUUAGAACCUGCUAAAAAACAUUUUUUUCGUAGAGAACGGCUAGUUCUAGGAGGUGACCCCAGAACUUUUUUAUGGUGCUCUGCUGUGGCGCUCCAUGAUGAACUACUGCAUACCAGACAUGUAUGAGAUGCCUCACUCUGGGCUGGGAGGCUACUCGGCGCAGGGCGGUGGGGAACACUGCAUGUACGCGGCGGGCGAGGGACUAACCGGGUACGGACCCGGGUACGGACACUGUGAACCCCAGCCGCUUCACCAUCCGCCCUGCAUGGAGCAGGCUUGGCCGCCCAGCCAGCACUACUCUUGCUCGUACGCUGGUGGCCCGCCUGUUUUUAAGAGCGAGUUUUGCAGCAUGGAGAUCCCUCUCAGCCAUUACCACCAUCAGCCUGAAUAUUUCCCUGAUAUCAAACCUGACUUCUCACACCUGCAGUGGAUGCAGGGGGCGCACCGAAAAGGGUACAUUCCAAGUUACCUGGACAAGGAUGAGCUAUGUGUAGUGUGCGGGGACAAAGCCACAGGCUAUCACUAUCGCUGCAUUACCUGUGAAGGUUGCAAGGGUUUCUUCAGGCGGACAAUUCAGAAGAAUCUCAACCCAACCUACGCUUGUAAGUACGAGGGGAAAUGUGUCAUCGACAAAGUGACCAGAAACCAGUGCCAGGAAUGCCGCUUCAAGAAGUGCAUUGCGGUGGGCAUGGCGACCGACUUGGUGCUGGACGACAGCAAGAGGCUGGCCAAGCGGAAGCUAAUCGAGGAGAACCGGGAGCGCCGUCGGAAGGAGGAGCUGCAGAAGACGGUGUGGGACCGACAGGAGCCCACCCAGGAGGAGUGGGAGCUGAUCCGUAUGGUGACGGAGGCCCACAUGGCCACCAACGCGCAGGGCAACCACUGGAAGCAGAAGCGGAAAUUCCUGGUCGAGGAAGCUAUGCUUCUUAAUGAAAUAACAUGUAAUUUAUUCUAUACUUCUGACCAGAGUGCAGCAGGGGUGAAGGAAACUAAGCCUGAGGAGAAUGGUCAAGCAUCCAUGGUCAAUACACCCGAAGGAAACAAAGUGGAUAUAGAAGCCUUCAGUCAGUUUACAAAAAUUAUCACCCCUGCCAUAACCCGAGUGGUGGACUUUGCCAAAAAACUGCCUAUGUUUUGUGAGCUGCCUUGUGAAGACCAGAUCAUCCUGUUGAAAGGCUGCUGCAUGGAGAUCAUGUCGCUGCGAGCCGCGGUCCGCUACGACCCAGAGAGUGAGACGCUCACGCUCAACGGCGAGAUGGCGGUCACACGGGAGCAGUUGAAGAACGGAGGCCUGGGCGUGGUCUCGGACGCCAUCUUUGACCUGGGCGUGUCGCUGUCUUCCUUUAAUCUGGAUGACUCUGAGGUGGCUCUCCUACAGGCCGUCAUCCUGCUUUCAUCCGAUCGGCCGGGCCUGAGUAGCGUUGAGCGAAUUGAGCGCUGCCAGGAGGAGUUCCUGCUGGCCUUUGAACAUUACAUCAACUACCGCAAACACAAAGUGGCGCAUUUCUGGCCCAAGCUGCUAAUGAAGGUGACGGACCUGCGGAUGAUCGGUGCCUGCCACGCCAGCCGAUUCCUUCACAUGAAAGUGGAGUGUCCCACUGAGCUAUUCCCUCCUCUCUUCCUGGAGGUCUUCGAGGACUGACCAAUGGAUUUUUGUGUGUGUGUGUGUGUGUGUGUGUGUGUGUGUGUGUGUGUGUGUGUGUGUGUGUGUGUGUGUGUGUGUGUGUGUGUGUGUGUGUGUGUGUGUGUGUAUGUGUAUGUGUGUGCAUAUGUCAGCGCCUCCCUGGUGGUCUCAGGGGGUGGAACCAGCAAAAGGCCCGUCACAAUGAACUUUCUAUUAGCACUACUGAGUGUCACUUCAUUCCAUAGUUUAGGAGUAGCUCUCUGGUCUAGUUUUUACGGAAGAGGAUUAGGGCAACGUGAAAAAUUGGAGUUCUGAGUUUAAAUACAAAAGUCUGAGUUUAAAGUCAGAAUUCUGAUUUUCUUUUUUUUUUCUUUUUUCCUUAAAUUCCUCAGAAUUCUGACUUUAAACUCUGAACUCAAAUAUAUUUUUCACAUGUGGCCCUAAUCCUCUUCCUUAACUUUUGGAUGGAACCAUCCCUUAACAGUGCGGGUACAUGUGAAUAGCAUUUUGUUCUUUUCUUGGUUUGUUGUCGUUUACUGUCGUGGAUAUAACCUCUCACCUCGGAAUUUACUAUAGGGGUUUUUUUUUUUUGAUGAUUGUACAGUUGGCAUAAUGGUGAUUUUAUCAACACUUGUUUAAUGAUUGGAAACAUGCAAAUGUUGUAUUUUCUUCCUUCUACGUUGGAAAACUCAAAACGGCUGCUCUACUGAUACACAAAAUAAGACAUUGUAAGCGAUGCUUUAGCCUCUCUCCCAACUGCGCGACUUUGUGGGACUCAUUUGUUGGUAUAGUAACUGUCAGAUAGUCAGUAAUCCAUCCGGUGAGUGUCUCAAUUGUUCAGUGCCUCGCCAUCAUACUGUUACCUGGACCAUUAACAGCAACACUCACUAUAAUGGACAGUGGCUCACAGGCCUUUGUAAGUCUCUGGGCAGCCACACAUAACAGCGUUUAGUCGUAUAAUGCGGCGUUCCAGAGAUGUCGGAAAAAUCUGAAUUUGGCAACAGAACUGCAACUUAAGGCAGAACUCUUGAGUAAGAAACCUGGGCAAGAUCGUGCAGCAUACAUUGUUAACACUACCCAAAAAUACUGUUUGUAGUCCUUGAAUCACACAAGUUGAGUUUUCUUAGUAAAGUAUGAGCAUAAUUCUGCCCAAUACCAGCCUUUGCUGUAUAGCUAAACAUGGGAUUUUUGUAUUGUGAAGGCUAGCAAACAUUGCUAAAUAUCAUGGACAACUUUAGCUGUUGCUCUAUGGCAGCAUAUUAGGGCCAAUACAAAAGAAAAAGAAAGAACAUUGUAUUCAUAAAAGCGUAGGGCAUGAUAUUUAGAAUUUCUUUGAUUUAUUUUGGAAAUGAAUGAGUUGUAAGUCGCUUUGGACAAAAGCAUCUGCCAAAGGAAUGUAAAGAAUGUUCAUUUAUUUAUUUCAGGAAUAUGCAAGAGAGAUUUACUGUAUUGAUGUAAACCACAUGGCUUUGACUUUGACACAUUGUAUGUUCUCGUGUGUAGAAAAUGUCAAACCAAACUCCAUUCGAAAAUCUGGUCAUUUUAAUCGCAACUUAAUUUCCAUAGAAAAUCUUGACGUGCAUACUGUAUCUGAUAUGUACUACUUUUCAACCAAACUUCUUUGGUUUACAGAGUUCCUACCCUAUUUUCUGACAUUUUACAAAACAAAUGAUCAACCGGUUAUUGAAAAUGAAAAAAUCAUCAGUGGAUUAAUGGAUAAUAAAAAUAAUAGUUGCAGUCCUUAACAAAUGCAUUCAUUAUAGAACGGCGGAAGUAUUGAUCCAUGGCCCUAACUCUCAAAAAGAAAAACUGUCUGGGCAUAGAAAAUCUUGCUUGUGUCCAUGUUUUUUUGCUUUUAUUUAUUUAUUGUUUUACGAACGACCCUGGAAAACACAAAAAGGUUGUAAACUCCAACCUACCCACUGGUGAUUCAGACUUAUUCCGACAUUGACAGGAACGCAGCAGUAGCAUUUGAAAUGAGCCUGUUCAUCGUUGCCAGGGACAGGUCAGGACUAACUAAAGCACAUAAUGACACUGAUGUCAGGAAAAGACAAUCAUAUAGUACUUGUUUUUUGUGUAACGAUGCCACAUGCUGUGCCAAAAUCAAGCAAAGAUGCCCUCCUAAUUGUAAUCCCUGCUGGGCUUGACUGGUUAUGCAUGCCGCUCACACACACCGUUGUCCCUCCGACUCGUGUUUUAGUUCACGUUAGCAGCUUCCACGAUACAACCAGUAUAAGUUUUAAUGUGCUUCAUCUCGGCCAUGUUGCCUCACAUGCAAUGAUUUUAACCGUUCUUUUUCACAACUCCCUGAAAACUGGGAGUAUUACGUUCAAACAGUGACGUCAAGGUGCUACAGUGGGUUGGAGAAAUGGCUGAUUGAACUGCAUUGUUAUUGACACGCAGGGAUGAACAUUAUCUGUUUGUAUAACAGCCCACCAACCUCUUAUGAUGGCACUAACACACAAUCAUGUGCAGAUACAGUAUAUAUAUACUUUAGUAUAAGGUAUACAGUAUACCUUGGACACAUACUGUACACGUGCACAUUAAUCAACGCAUUCUCAUGAAUGGGUUCAUAUGAUAUCAUACGAAAAGUUAUGCACACCAAUUCCUUUGAUAUCCUACGAAAUAAGCGACCGCCGGCUUGUCAUGUGACGACCGGUCACAUGACAGUUAAGUUUAGCGGCCUUUACAGUUACAUUAAGCCGAGAAAAGGGGACUGUGAGCCGGGUACAGAGCACCAUGACGUUACGAUGCAGUUGAGUUUGGCCGACAAAAAGUUACUGUCAUGCAACAACGACAGUUAACUUAGGCGAUACGACUAUUAAGAUUAGUAAACAGAUCAUGGUUAACAGUAAGGAUGUCCCGGUCCGAUCAUUCACGUCAGUAAAUUCUACACCACUCUGUUGUUUUUGGAUGUGAGUUUUACAGAAAUGCUAGCUGUACUAAAUGAAAUGUGUUAAGCUGAA